AUGCCUCCAAAAAAGCGCGGUCGCCCAGCUGGCACAUCCUCUGCAGCUCCACAACGCCCCACAAAGCGCGUUCGCGUCGGCGAAACUUCGAUCAUAGGCACACAAGAUUCCACUGAGCUUACCGACUCGGGACGUCCAAGACGCAGCUCGGCUGGCGAACCAGACUACAGUACUAGACGUGCUAAAGCUCCAAAUAAUGUCUCGGCGGCAAGCUCAAAGACCGCUCCUGCUGCUCAAGCUAAUGUGAAGAAGAGAAGAAAAGGUGCAGCAAAAUUAUUUGGCAAGCGUAGAGUAUCAGCUAUGGCACAGCCAGAGGUAGAGACCAAUGAAGCUCCAAAACGUGGACGUGGCAGACCAAAGAAAGCCACUUCUGAAACAACCGUCGAAGAGAAGCCUACAACGCCCAAGAAAGCCGUUGGGAGACCUAAAAAGGCCGUGGGCAGACCAGCCAAGGGUGUCGGAAGACCAAAGAAGAAUGCCCCAGCCAAGUCAAGCAAUGGUCCUGUUGCCAAGCAGAAGGGUCGUGAGACGACGGCCAACCACGAAGAGGAGGUGUUUGAUGAUGAGGUAGAAGACUCUGAGGGUCUUCCCAAUGGCACGUCCAACGAUGUCGACGAGGAGGAGGAAACCGAAUCAGACCGUCAGUACUGGCUUAUGAAAGCAGAACCAGAUUCGAGGCUUGAGAAUGGAGUGGAUGUCAAAUUCAGCAUUGACGACCUUAGAGCCAAAGGAGGGCCUGAGGCUUGGGAUGGAGUCCGUAGCCUCCAAGCAAGAAACAAUUUACGAGCGAUGCGUAAAGGGGAUCACGCCUUCUUCUACCAUUCAAACUGCAAAGUUCCAGGCAUCGUCGGAGUCAUGGAGAUUGUUGGGGAGCACGAAGUCGAUGAAAUGGCCUUCGACCCUAGACAUCCUUAUUAUGAUGCGAAGUCAACACGUGAGAACCCCAAGUGGGAUAUCGUCUACGUCCAAUACGUUCGCAAGUUUGCCGACAUUGUCAAGCUGUCAGAGCUCAAAACGUAUGCUGAACCCGGUGGAGCCCUAGCGAAGAUGCAGAUGCUCAAGCAAGCACGGUUGAGCGUUUCUGCUGUUACACCAAAGGAAUGGAAGUUCAUUCUCGACCUGGCAGGCGAAGAUCUGGAUGAGGACGACUCGGAACAGGCUGAAGACACUUUGGUUGAGAAUGCUAACGGGGCGAACAAGAUGAAAGCAGGAAAUCUGGUUCAUGGCGGCGCAGAAGAAGGCGAUGACGAGGGAGUCGAUGACGAGGGAGUCGAUGAUGAGGAGAAUGUUGAUGGUGACGACGACGGGAACGAUGAUGGCAAUGGCGAGGAUGGCGCUGAAGGAGUCAAUGGGGACGAUGAUGAAGAGGAUAAGUGA